AUGGACGAAACCGCAGCCCAAGGCGCUCUCGAGAUCUCGCUCCAGGUCAAUGGGCGAGCCUACCGCCGCACCGUCGAGCCACGGCUCCUGCUGUCGGACUUCUUGCGCCAGGAUCUGGCCCUCACCGGCACCCACGUGGGCUGCGAACACGGUGUCUGCGGCGCCUGCACGGUGCUGAUGGACGGCCAGGCGGUCCGCGCUUGCCUGUUGUUCGCGGUCCAGGCCGAUGGUGCCGUGCUGCGCACCGUCGAAGGGCUGGCCGAGGCCGAUGGCACCUUGCACCCAUUGCAGGCCGCUUUCCAAGAAGCCCACGGCUUACAGUGCGGCUUCUGCACCCCGGGCAUUUUGAUGUCGAUACUGCCUUGGCUGGAAGAGCAUCCCGAGCCCAGCGACGACGAGAUCCGCCACGCCCUGGGCGGCAACCUGUGCCGCUGCACCGGCUACCAGAACAUCGUCGAGGCGGUCCGCCUGGCCGCCGCCUCACUGCGAAGCCAAGCUUCCCCGCGGAGCCCGGCAUGA